AUGGGUGAGUCCACUGAAAGUCGCAAAUUAGGAGAGACAGAAGACAGAUGGAUAACACACUACUCCAGUUCUCACAAGAUUUUACUUGUGGGAGAAGGAGAUUUUUCAUUUUCUGCGUGUUUGGCUAAGUUCUUUGGUUCUGCCCAAAACAUGGUAGCUACUUCAUUAGAUUCUGAAGGUAAAAUCCAAGAGGUCAUCUCUACCCUUCUUUUGUUGCGCCGUAAGUAUGGGACCUUAGAUGCAAAUCUUAAGAAGCUCAAGUCAUUGCAUAUAUCAGUUUUGUUGCGCAGUAAGUAUGAGACCUUCGCUACAAAUCUUAAGGAGCUCAGGUUCAUUUCGUUGCGCGGUAAGUAUGGGACCUUAGCCGCAAAUCUUAAGGAGCUCAAGUCAUUGGGAUGCACCAUAUUGCACGAAGUGGAUGUCAAAGACAUGGAUGAGCAUGAUACUCUAAAGACCAUGAAAUUUGAUCGAAUCGUCUACAACUUCCCACAUUCUGGUUACUAUCUUUGCUACCGUGAGACGCACCCUGAACUUAUUAGGAGGCAUAAGGAGUUGAUGAAGGCGUUUUUUGCAAGCGCAUCAAAAAUGCUGACUGACUGUGGUGAAAUCCAUGUGUCGCAUAGGGAUGACCAUCCUUACGUAAAAUGGGAGCUCGAGAAAUUAGCUGAGGAAGCCCAUUUGGUUCUCAUUGAGAAAGCCGAAUUUGAGAAAUGGGACUAUCCAGGAUACGAAAACAAGAAGGGUGAUGGUCGACGGAGCGACGAAACCUUCCCUCUGAAGGAAUGCUUCACUUUCAAAUUCUCACCAAGUCUGGGGAUUUCAAAAUUGAUGAGGGAAUUUGAUGAUAACCUUUUAUUGGAUCAGUGA